CAUGAAAUCCAACAAAAAUAAAAUUAUUUAAUAUUUUUUUUUAAAAAAAGAGCUUUUGGUUUUGAUUUUGAUCCAUGAAGAAGAAGAAACACCACCAGGAUUUAAACGUUUGUUUGGUUUCUGUUUUACUUUUCUUUUCCCCUUAAAAGCAGCCUCUUCAAACUCAACAGUGCGAUGAAUUUUCAUUAAUGGGGUCAGUUUUUUUCUUUUUUUUUUAGUGGGUUCAAACUUUUUUCAAUCGUGCUUGCUGAGCUGAGCACUACGACCACUCAAUUCCUCUUUUUAAUUGUUCUUCAACAGUUUUCACUCAAAACCAGAAUCCUAUGAACCAACCCAAAAUAUCAAAAUAUCAAAAUAUCAAAGUAUCCCUCUUCAUUUUUAAGCUUCUCUGUUCUUCCUUCUUCGAUUUUGAUUCCCUUUUCUGUUUGUUUUGGCAAUUCAAGCUUCUGACUCUUCCCUUUGAAGCUCCCCUCUUAUUCUUUCUCUCUCUCUAGUGCUGUUAGUUGUUCAUCAUUUUUCUGCUGUUUCUUCUUGAUUUGUCCUUACCCCUUCUGCAUUGGUGGGUCCGCCAUUGAACACACGUUACUUGUUUGGUUUUAUUUUGAAUUUGGCGAUACUGGUAAGGGCGUUUAACCAUCUGGGUCGUCUUUAUUUCGCUUUAAUUUUAAUGGGUAACGAGUGUUUUGAAGUUCUGAGAUAGCCAUUGAUGGAUCUGGAGAGUGCUAUUGGGGGCCACCCAAUCAAGAAAGAUUCAUGGAGAGCUGUUUUAACUUUAGCUUAUCAGAGCUUGGGGGUUGUUUAUGGAGAUUUGAGCACUUCCCCUUUGUAUGUUUACAAAAGUACUUUUGCUGAGGAUAUUCAACACUCUGAAACCAACGAAGAGAUUUAUGGAGUUCUUUCUUUUGUCUUCUGGACUCUCACGCUCAUUCCUUUGAUUAAGUAUGUAUUUAUUGUGCUUCGAGCUGAUGAUAAUGGCGAAGGGGGAACUUUCGCUUUAUACUCAUUGCUCUGUCGCCAUGCUCGAGUUAGCUCCUUGCCCAAUUGCCAACUUGCAGAUGAGGACCUUUCGGAAUAUACAAAAGAUGGGGUGGAUUUAACCAACAAGAAGACUUGUGGGUCGAGAUUGAAAUCGACAUUAGAGAAGCACAGAGUGCUCCAGAGGGUUUUGCUUGUUCUAGCUUUGAUUGGGGCUUGCAUGGUGAUUGGAGAUGGAGUUCUUACACCUUCAAUUUCUGUUUUCUCUGCUGUUUCUGGGUUGGAACUUUCCAUGGCUAAACCACACCAUCGCUAUGUUGAAGUCCCGGUUGCUUGUGCCAUAUUGGUUAUCCUGUUUGCAAUUCAACAUUAUGGAACCCAUCGAGUUGGGUUUCUAUUUGCACCAGUUGUGAUUACAUGGCUUCUGUGUAUCAGUGCCAUAGGGCUGUACAAUAUCUUCUACUGGAAUCCGCAUGUUUACCGAGCACUCUCCCCAUAUUAUAUGUACAAAUUUCUGAAGAAGACCCAAAGGGGAGGUUGGAUGUCCCUCGGCGGAAUCCUGCUAUGUAUGACAGGUUCAGAAGCAAUGUUUGCUGAUCUCGGGCACUUCUCACAGCUAUCCAUUAAGAUUGCUUUCUCUUUCGUGGUUUAUCCAUCUUUGGUCCUGGCAUACAUGGGACAAGCUGCUUAUCUCUCUCAACAUCACGGCGAGGAAAGUAACUACCGAAUUGGAUUUUAUGCGUCUGUUCCUGAGAAGUUAAGAUUGCCUGUUCUUGUGAUCGCCAUUUUAGCCGCAGUGGUAGGAAGUCAAGCUGUCAUUACUGGGACUUUUUCGAUAAUAAAACAGUGCUCCUCAUUGGGUUGCUUCCCGAGGGUCAAAAUUGUUCAUACCUCCUCGAAAAUCCAUGGUCAGAUUUAUAUACCGGAGAUCAAUUGGACGUUGAUGCUCUUAUGCUUGGCUAUUACCAUUGGCUUUCGAGACACAAAACGCAUGGGCAAUGCAUCAGGCUUAGCAGUGAUAACUGUUAUGCUGGUGACUACCUGCUUAAUGUCUGUAGUCAUCAUCUUGUGCUGGCAUAAAAGCUUUGUCUAUGCCAUUGCCUUCAUACUCAUUUUCGGGUCCAUCGAAUCACUCUACUUUUCAGCAUCUCUCAUCAAGUUUCGAGAAGGGGCCUGGGUUCCGAUCGCCCUCUCACUCAUCUUCCUAAUAGUCAUGUAUGUAUGGCAUUACGGAACAUGCAAAAAAUACGAGUUUGAUGUUCAAAACAAAGUGUCCAUCAACUGGCUCCUAGGCCUAGGUCCCAGUUUAGGCAUUGUGAGAGUACGUGGGAUUGGCCUCAUAUACACCGAACUCGUCGCAGGAAUCCCCGCUAUCUUCUCCCACUUCGUAACAAACCUCCCCGCCUUCCACCAAGUCCUAGUCUUCCUCUGCAUCAAAUCCGUCCCAGUCCCACACGUGAGACCUGGAGAAAGGUUCCUAGUAGGCAGAGUUGGGCCAAAAGAGUACCGUCUCUACCGAUGCAUAGCACGAUACGGCUACCGUGACAUCCACAAGGACGACUUGGAGUUUGAGAAGGACUUGGUAUGCAGCAUUGCAGAGUUCAUCCGUUCCGAGAAAUCAGAAACCAGUGUAAAGCUAGAAGAUGCAGAAGAAAGUGAGAGAAUGACAGUAGUAGGGACAUCUUCAACAAAUGUAGAUGGAGUGAGAAUGUGUGAAGAUGAAGGAGAAACAGCAGAAACAUCAGAGGUAAGAGAGAUAAAAUCACCAAAAAAACUGAGGAAAAGAGUGAGAUUUCUUGUACCAGAGAGCCCACAAAUGGAAAUGGAAGCAAGAAGAGAGCUUCAAGAGCUAAUGGAAGCUAGAGAAGCAGGAAUGGCUUUCAUAAUGGGACAUUCAUAUGUGAAAGCAAAGAGGGGAUCAGGUUGGGUGAAGACAGCGGUGAUAAAUUAUGGGUAUGAUUUUUUGAGAAGAAACUCAAGAGGGCCAAGUUAUGCUUGGAGUGUGCCUCAUGCAUCUACUUUAGAGGUGGGAAUGGUCUACCAAGUUUGAAUUUUGUUUUACUUUUAACUUUGUGCAUUCUCUGGUCUCUCAUUGUAUAUAAUAAAAGCAUUUUUGUCCAAGCUUUCAUCUUUCUUCUUUAGGUUACUUUGGAUCUCACUUCUUGUAAUUCUAUAACUAAAGCUUAAAACUUGCCCCCCAAAUAAAUGGAAAUAAAAUGGGCACCUUUUUUUUC